AAGGUUGGACGUGGUGCUUAGGGACAUGGUUUAGUGGUAAUAUUGGUGGUAGGGGGAUGGUUGGACCAGAUGAUCUGGGAGGUCUCCUCCAACCGCACGGACCCCAUGACUCCAGCAUUCCCUCCCCGCCCCUCAGCGCCCUCCCGCGGCCCGCCUGCACAAGGCUCCUCGGAGCGCUGCGCGAGGCGCUGUUGUUGCCGCGGCAACCGCCGGGCGCCCUGAGGGGAGCGGCGGCGGCCGGGGCCGGGACCGGGGCUGGACCCAGUGCGGCGGCGGCUGAGGUGGGCUGGGACAAGGAGGGCCGGGCCGGGCCGAGGAGCCGCUCGGGUUCAGGGGCUGCUCCUGCCCCUGCGGGGAAGGCAGCGCUCGGUCGGGAGGAGGCCUCGGUGCUGCGGGGAGCCCCUCAGGCAGCCCCCGCGUCCUCCUCUUGCUGCUUUGGUGACGGGGAAAAGUCACGCUAAAAAGACAGGGGAUUCCCUCCUGUCACUUACAGCCAGCAGAAAGACCCAUGUUAAAGGAACGAGGGAAAAAUGUAAAUCUGUUGGAGGAACUCAUGUCUGAAGGCUUCCAAAGCAGGAUGGUGCAGAUCUGCCUGUGAGGGGGGAGGAGGAGACUGACUGAUGAGCGCCUUUGGUUUGCCAGGCGGCAGUCAGCAGUAAGAAUCAAUUGCCAAUCCAGAAAAAGAACCAAUGUCUCAGGAGAAGGAAGAAGAUUAAAUUCCACGUAGUCUAAAUACAGAAGGAUUAAACAAAAACUUUCAUGCAAUUCCUGACAAUGAUAGACAGGAAGACCUGUUAAAUUCAGCAGAGAGUCCUGAAGCAGCUGCCCCAACUGUGAAAAGUUAGAGUUGAAAUGUCGCAUGAAGUUCCUAAAGCAGAUCAGGAAAGCCGUAAAAUGACGAAAAAUGAAUCAAAAAGUGAUUUACCUGGAAAAAAGUAUGAAUAUGAAUCCUCGGCUGAGAGAAAUACUUCCACAGUGCCUCAGGGUGUCCCUGAAGCAGGUGUGAGGAAGCUCACAUUUGCAUCGGAUACAAAAGACACCAGGGAACUGAACCAAGAGCUUUCAGAAGCUGUCAAUGCAGAUGCCAGACCAGACACAUCAUCAGCAGAGAAUCCUGAAAGUGCUGAAAAAGGAUCAACAUUUUUGAUGCCUGAAGAAAAAGAUGAGAAUUUUACACUUAGACUAAAUGAUAAAGGACUCCAGGAUACGCCUCUGCUCACUUUUGAAAGCCAAAAUUUGAAACGCUUGUUCUUACACAACAAUGAACUAAAAACACUACAUUUAAAUGUAGGAAAUCUAACUAAUCUGGAGAUCCUGUUACUUGAAAGAAAUAGACUGACGUGUUUGCCACCAGAAAUAUCAUUUCUUCAUAAAUUAACAGUAUUGAAUGUCAGUCACAACCAGUUACUGUAUCUGCCUAAAGAAUUUUCAAAGCUUGUAAAUCUUAAGGAACUUUUUCUCAAUCACAACAACAUGGAUGAAUUUCCUUUUGCACUGAGAAGCCUUGAAACAUUGGAGCUUGCUGGGAACAAGCUGAAAACUUUGCCAGAUGCCAUCGUUGACAUGGAAAAAUUGAAGGUAUUCAACAUUGAUUCCAAUCACUUCUCAAUAUUUCCAAGGGUUCUCUGCUACCUUCCUAAUCUAGUAAAACUCAGCAUAUGUCAGAACUCGAUUCAGAGUUUACCAAAGGAUAUUAAAGAGCUCAAGAAACUAGAAGAAUUUUCAAUUAGUAACAAUAAGCUUGUAUUUUUGCCUGUGCAGUUUUUCCAGUUGACAAAACUGAAAGAACUCAGAGCUGAUGAUAAUAAAUUGGAGUUUCUUUCAGAUAAAGUGGAGAAUUUAAGAGAACUUAGGUUUCUGAACCUUGCAAAAAAUUUAUUCAAAAGCCUUACAGAUAAUCUUUGCAACUGUACCAUGUUGAAACAUCUCAUUAUACAUGAUAAUCAGUUAACCCAGCUCCCUGCUAAUAUCCACAGACUUAGAAAUCUAAAGGAGUUUUCUGUAAGUAGGAAUCAGCUGGACUCACUGGAUGAGCAAGUAUCCUAUUUAAAAGACCUCUCCAAGAUAGAGCUUUCAGGAAAUGCAUUGACAAACAUUCCCGUUGAAUUAAAAGAUUGCAUACAGAUAACCAAAGCUGACCUCAGCUAUAAUAAGCUCUCUCAGUUUCCAAAUGCAUUGUGCGCGCUAUCUGAUCUUAAAUACUUAAAUCUUAGUGGCAACUCUAUUUCAGAAAUAAUACCUGGAAUUUCCGACAUUAAAGAUUUGGAGCAUCUAGAAUUAAACAAAAAUAAACUGUCCUCAUUUUCUGCAUGCUUGUGCAGCCUUACAAAACUAGUUUACUUGGAUUUAAGUGAGAAUGAAAUCAGUAACAUACCAGCAGUGGUAUCUGAGAUGAAGGCUCUCCGGGUGCUGCUUUUACACCAUAACAAGUUUGACUCAUUUCCUGAAGAGCUGUGUACUUUAAAGUUUUUAAAAGCACUCGACAUUUCAAAUAAUCAGAUAAAGACCAUUCCUUUAAAAAUUAGCAAUCUGGAAGCGAUCAAAGACUUAAAUGUAUCAGACAACCGGUUUGCAUCUUUUCCUUCUGAAAUAUGUCAUCUGUCCUCACUGGAGAAAUUGACCGUGUCUCAUAUGCAUGGGUUGAAGUUAACUCAAAUUCCAGAGGAGCUAUCUAAACUGGUUUGCCUCCGGGAGCUUGACAUAUCUCAUAAUGCGUUAAAGGAAAUGCCAGACAGCAUAGGGGAACUGGAAUGUUUGGUCCAUUUAAUUGCAAAUAAUAAUGAUAUCAGCCAGCUCCCCAAGUCUAUUACAUCGCUAAGAAAUCUACAGCACCUUGAUCUGAGUGAAAAUCGACUGAAAUCUUUGCCUGCUGGUCUUCAUCACCUUCAUUUGCUGAAAGAUAUAAACUUUGAUGGAAAUUUUCUGUUUGAGCCACUGAAAGACCUGUGUAGAGGAAAGCAACUGCAUCCCAUUCUGUGCUAUCUGGAAAGUGCCAAUGAAAGAGAUGAGAAGAUACUGCGUAAGAUGAUAGAAGUGAUUGCUGACAACGUUGCUUCUGAAAAUUUUGAAUUUUUCUGUCAGAAACUGCAACUUCGUCAGGCUGACAUCAAGUCUCUGGAAAAUACCAGGACUCUUAAGUUGAAGGAGAAAAUCAUCAAGGCACUGGACAUUUGGAUCAGUGAAAACCAAGACCUAACUUAUGCUGAAAUGGUAGAUAAACUGAUCAGAAUACUAGUAAUGACAGGCAUGUAUGAUCUAACCAACAAAGUGAAAGCUUUAAAACUCUAUUCACAAAUGGUGAAAUUCUAAACAAGGAGCGUACAAAGAGUACUUAUGAACAGAACAAAGCCGUGUGUUGCCACUCUUUUUAUCCCUGAAAUUAUUUUCACUUUGAUCGUACCAUAUCAUGAGAACUCAGCCUGUUUUUAGAAAGUCAUUCAUGAUUUUGUAUUAGCUUGUCUAAUCUUUUAAAGAUUGCUUCUGCAAAAAAAUAAAAAUCAAAAAUGCAGCUCUUUGAUUUCCAAAGUGAAGUCACUUUAAUUUGUUAAAAAAUGUACUUAAACUUAUGAAAACAUUAGCAGAUCUUGAGUCUAUUACAUCAAGUUGUUUUAUUCAGUGCUGUGAAAUUCCCACCUUAAAUUAUUGAAUAAUGUUUAUAAACAGAAAAAAAAUGUUCAUGGUUUUAGCACGUUGCAACAAAUUUUAGUGUUCUCUGAAGCUGUAUGAAGAUACAGUGAGCAUUCUGAGCAUCUUUCUAGCUUACAUUUUAGAGCAGGAAGAAGUAGGCUGUUUCCCAGUAAUUGCAGCAUACAGGAGGUUUGUGUUUGGAAGCAGGGAAUUGGGAGUCCAGAAAGAUAACAUGUUGCCUUAAUGGAUGUAAUGGAAAAGCUGCCAUGGGUACAUCAGUGAUAAAAAGAAGAACAGGGAAAUUGUGGGCCCUCUCCAGAAGGAAACGGGAGACCUGGUCACCCAAUGACUUUUUUUGCCUCAGUCUUCAUAGGCAAGAGCUCAGCCACAUAGCCCAACCUGCAGAAGGCAAAGGCAGGGACUGGGAGAAUGAAGAACCGCUCAUGUAGGAGACCAGGUUUGAGACCUGAUAAGGAACCUAAAGGCGCACAAGUCCAUGGGACGUGACGAGAUAUAUCCACGGGUCCUGAGGGAACUGGCAGAUGUAGUCGCUACUGUCCAUCAUAUUUGAGAAGUUGUGGCAGUCUGGUCAAGUUCCGACUGAGUGGAAGAGGGAAAACAUACCCCCCUUUUUUGAAAAGGGAUAAUGGAAGACCCAGGGAACUACAGGCCAGUCAGUCUCACCUCUGUGCCCAGCAAGAUCAUGGAGCAGAUCCUCCUGGAAACUUUGCUAAGGCACAUGGAAAAAUAUACUCAAACUAUCAGCCUGACCUGACCUCAGGCUGUGUAAGGCCAGAUGCCCUGCCUUCCUAUCAUUUGGUAAUGACCGCUAGCCCUCAGGUUGUUCUUGCGACUUUCUGGUGCCCUUUCAUCUUGCGCUGAAACUUCUGGCUCACAAUCCUCCCCUAUCCUUACCUGUCCUACCUUCUGUUUCUGGUCACCUUUCUGGACUUUUUUUUUCCCUACAUUUUAAAAAUUACACCCUUUUCCCACUGCUCUGCUCUGGAGAGGUGAUGUUUACCCCUUCAUCCUCAAGUGGCAGGAUCAGCCGGUGGCAGCAUCACGAGCGUGCAGGGAAGACUUCUGAGCACAGGGCCGCAGAGGAAGCACCUCUUCGGGACCCAGCACACAAAGCGCGCUUCCCUCGUCCCGUGCCUUGUCCCUUUUUCAGGGCUGACGGUCAGAUCUCGGUGCGGGGGGCGCCUCUAGUGCUGCCCUCAGGCCGUGCCAGUGCCCCUCCUUGGUGAGCUGCGCUCUGGGCCGCCCGUCUCCCCUAUCGCUGCUGCUUCAGGCGCAGCUCCCGCGGAGAGGCACCAAGGCACAAACCCGCAGAGCUGCUGCCCAAGCUCCCCGCCGUCCGAGCGCACACCCGGGGCCCGAAAUUAACCACUGACGCCGUGGGGCAGCGGCCCGGCCCCUCAGCACGGCGGGGAUCCCCUCAGCCAACGCCCGCCCCACAGACACCGCCAUCCCCCCCCCGGGCACCAUUUCGCGCACCGCCCCC